ACACCUUGUCUUGUACCCUGUCAUCUUGGCCUCCACGUCCAGACCGCCAUACCAACACGCCUUCAUGAACUUUCUGAGUAUCUGAACAAUGACUGAAGUUGUUGCUGUCGCUUGCGUCUCGGAGUCGUCACUUGCCCUCGCCUCCGAAUGGCCUCAGAUCCUGCAAGACUAUCUCGUCCCACUCCUGGCACGCCUCGGAGAGACGCACGCUGCUCCCCCGUUCCGCAUGGCCUUCGUAACCUAUGCAACCGCCGACACUCGACCUACUCCGAUCCCCACCAAAAUCUUCUUUGGCCCUCCGAACACUAUCAUGGAAACCAUGCGGAAACAGCCACAUGAUUUUGGCAUCGGACAGACCUCUUCGGGUGGAGGUCAAGGGAUGGCUGCCCUUGAGGGCAUCGUUACUGCUAUGGAGAUGUUUGAAAUACUGAAGAACUCGAUCGACACACCGCAAAAAGCCAACAAUCCCAACCUCACAUGCCACCUAAUACAUCUUGCAUGUACGCCUCCGGAUUCUGCAGAACGACCUCUCUGGAACAUGCUCCCCGCUUUGGACUCGAUCACAUGGGAUACGUUACCAGGGGAGCUGAAAGAGCGCAAGAUCAAUUAUAGUAACAUCCUGUUGAAGCCAAUAUCACGGCUAUCGCAACUGCAGAUUUCAGCGUCACUAGGUUCCAUGCAGACACCAUGGUUCUUAGUCCGCUCACCCCACGCCGUCCAUAUCACCGGCUUUCCGCAACCGCAAAAAGGUACGAAGCGUUCGGGGGCCGUCGGCCCAACUACAGAGCAGAGCCCAGAAGCGUCCAAACGGUUCAAAGCCGCCGCGUCCCCGAAAAAGGCGCCUUCCACACCCAACACGCCCUCGGUUCCACACGCCACCGCUCCUGUCGCCCCGCCCUCGUCUUCUCCUCCCAUUCCACAGCAUGCGCCCGCUCCUGCACCUGCACCUGCACCUGCACCUGCACCUGCACCUGCACCUGCACCUGUGCCGGAACCGGCACCAGCACCUGCGCCCUCAGCGCCGGCACCCCCGGCACACCCUCCAGCACCCUCACUUGCGUCUGCGCCGGCACCCCCAUUCGUGCCUACAAUGGUGCCCGGGGUGGGCAAUAUCGCACAAGUUCUCAGCGACCCUGCGCAGCGCGCGGGUCUGCUUCAAAAGCUGCAUGCCGCGGAGCAAGGGCUUAGGCAGCAGAUGGCGAAGGCGGUCGAACUGGAGAAGCAGGGAAAGACCGCGGAGGCGGCAGCGGUCAAGCAGCAGUUCCAGGUGCGCGCGGAGAAGCUGAAACAGUUCAAGAUACAGCUCUUUCAGGCCGCUGCGGGCGGUGCUGGGGGUACGGGGGGAGCCAAGAUGGAGCCUUCUGCGUCUCAGUCCCAACUUCAGUCGCAGUCUCAAUCUCAAGCCCAACCGCAGCCCCAGCCAUCAGGGCACGCGAGUACGAGCACAAAAGCUCCGGAGCUGCCUGUGCCGGGGCCGUCUACUGCCACGGGGCUGGCUGCGAAACUGGAGCACGAUGCUGGACCAAGGCGUCCGACGCCCAUCCUCCCUCCCGCUGUCCUUCCCGGGGCACAAAGCUCUGCGGUCGGAGUGAAGCCGUCACAGGCUGCGCAGCAGCCUAUGAACCCAAAUAUUGCGGCACAGAUGAACAAGCUUCUCGAGCAGACGCACAAGCUCGCGCCGCCACCGUCGCAGCAGCAGCCGUUGCCUACGCCGGCGAGCCCGCAGAAACCACACGCGAUCCCAUCUCAUGCAACGCAGGGACAGGGCUCCGGGAGGUGGCAAGGGACGCUGACGUGGCGCGGGUUCGACUCAGAGACGCAUGUGCGUAAGGACUUGCAAACGCAAGUGAUCGUGCAGCACCCCAAGGGAGAAGUGAUGCAUGCGGAGAUGUGGCCGGCGAUUCUGCAUCUGGCACCGUCGCAGCACAGCGCUGUGCCUGUCUCUGUGCUCAUCCAGUGGCUCGGUCGCCAGCAAUGCCUGCCUCUCCAGAUCCUACCGCAUCCACAAGCGCCAGAACUGAGCACGAACGAGGAGCACUUCCGGGCUCUUAAUCGGCUCCUCACAGAGAAGAAUGUGUACGCCCUCGCCGCAUGGCCUCCAAACAAACCUGAGAAUCGACUGCUGAUCUUCCCGCACAACGGCCUCACCGCGGCGUUCUUCUACGGGCCGGGUGGUAUGCCCGAGCUUCCGAAAACCCAAGACAACCAACCCAAUAUAGGCCCGACCGCCACGGCGAACACUACAAGCGGCCCCAACGCUAACGCCAACGCGAAUGCGCAGACGCAACAACAAGCACUCCUCGCGCAGUUCCUCGCACAGAUGACCCCCGAGCAACAAGCGGCGUUCCGUCAGAUGCCUCCAGAGGGGCGAAGGACGGUCAUCUCGGCCGUGUGGGCGAGGAUGAGCCAAACGCGCGAGCAGCAGCAGCAGCAACACCAGAUGCAGGUGCAGAUGUCCAAUCUCAAUCCUCAGCAGCCGCAGCAGCCAGAGCCCCCGCAGCAGCCCCAGCUCCAAUCGCAAGGUCCGAACGCAUGGAUGCUGGGCGGGCAGCAGCCGAACAUGGCUGCGAUGCUAUCGCGGAUAGCCAACGGGCAGGGCCCGAACCAGCCGGGAGUGUCGAACCUGACGUCGCAGGGGCAGGGCCAGGGUCCCCCUGGGAUGAUGCCCAAUGCGAUGGCCAACCUCAUGCCCGGGAUGAAUAUGAGCGGAGCGGGCGGGAUUGGUAUGGGGAACAUGGGUAAUAUAGGCAACAUGAACAUGAAUAAUCUGACGAUGAACUUCGGGAUGGGCAUGCCUGGCUCGCAAUCGCAACAGCAGCCCGGUGGCCAGCCAGGCAUGGGCGGGCCCCAAGGGAUGCACAGAAGAACCCCGAGCGGGAAUGUGCCAGGUGGUGGGCCUGGGGAGGGCGGUGGGGGGUCGAACGGGUCAUUGGGCGCAUUCUUCCGCGUAUGCACGACGAGGGCAGCCGCCACGUAUAAGGGCAUCAAUCCUCCCUUCAGCCGCUUCCUGAUCAUGUCUUCCUCCUCUGCUUCUUAUGCUCUCUCCUACGACGACCGGCGCCGGACGCUACUUUCUUCCUUCUCCCCCAAUGUCUCUGACUCCUCCCAGUUCCCCAUCGCCUCCAUCCUUAACCGCCUUCCGAUUCUCUUUGACAACGAUUUAGACCCUCAACCCUCCUCGACGCCUUCAACUACUCUUCGCCUCCUCCCCUCGACCAUCAGUCCUCGAGUCAUUGGACUCGGGAUCGACCUCGAUUUCGGUGAUCGUUUCCCUCAAGCUUCGGAACGUGCUCAGCCUCCCUCGGAUCCGCCCUCUAACGACCACUGCAAGCGCAAAGACCUGAAAAAAGUCGUUGUCUCUCGGGCUGUAGCCUGGUGGACGCGAGCCAACAAGCGGGGCUGA